UUUAACUGAAUCGGCUCAUUUAUGCGCGCUACUCGCCUGCGACGUCGGAUAAAACAACCCGUAAACAGCUCGGUUAAAUUACUUGUAUUAAUCGUGUUUCCUAACGCACAUUGCUGGGUUAUAUGCGCAAGACGUGUCCAUAUUUAGGGCAAAAUGGCGUAGUGGUCGUCUGAGGCAAGAUCGUUUAUAUGCUUGUGGACUAUUGGACUCCCACUGCGUCUUGCCGAAGUGGAGUACGGUAUUGCAUACUGAGGGGUGUAUACAUCCACGAUGCGUUUUGCGAGAAAGGGGUAACUGUUCGUUUCUAGGCAGUCGUUCUGGGGGACUUUGGUAUAUUUAACACUAUUUUGGGAGGUGGGAAGAGGAAGAAUGAAAGAGGUCUUCCAACGGAGCGAUCUUAAACAUGAACGGUGCCCUUUACAUUUCGUUUUUCCAAGGUCAGCUGGAGUCCGCGCUGGAGCAGGUAGUGCAGCUCUCCGUUCAGGAAAUCACCAACACUGUUGGGGCCACUUUGAAUUCAAUGCUAUUGGAAACGGCCACCAAAGAGCAAGAAAACCAGCGUUUAAGGACGACCCUUCAGUCUCGUGGAGGGAACGGGACAAGCAAUGCGUCUAAGGGAAAAACAGACACGAACGAUGAAACAAAGCAACACACCCCCAGUCAAAGCCCUGAAUGUGGCGUUCAGUCUGAAACACUCAGGCGAGAACAGAAAGCGCGAGCAGUUGGUCAGUUAAAAUCUGUUAUGGAGCAUGUGCUGGAAUUCGCCGUUUGUGAGCUGACUAAAAUCGUGGAAGACAGCUUUGACGACCUGCUCUCGGAGUUCACCAAGAAGGAGCGGGAGAACCAGAUCUUAAGAAAGCAGUUACAGGACAAGGACCUAGUGGGGGACAAUGAUACGCUUGCUGUGGAAACAGAGGACCGUGAAAACGACUCGGCCUCUCCGAGCAGUUCCAAAGCAGAAAAGAACGAGUCGAAAGGCCUGCAGGACCAAUCACCCAAAAAAGAGUGGGAAAGGGAAAAAACGGAAACCACAAAUGAACCAGACAAGCAGACUGUCAUUGCAGUGUCUCAGAACUGGGUGCCCAUCCUGGACAAAGUCUUCGGGCAGAAGUGGUGCAGUGACCUCUGGCAGAUCAAAGAGGUCACCAGCAAUAAAGAGGAGUGCACUGGGCUGAGCUCGGGCUCGGUGACCGACAUGGACAGCUUAAUUCGAGAGACGCUCAUGCCGUCUUGCCUGGCCACUCAGAGGAAGCUGGAGCUUGAGGUGGGCCAGCAGCCCUGGUUGCCACUUGACGAUAUGGAGGUUGAUUCUCUAACCUCUGAGACUCAAGGCGUUCCUGUCAUCAGCGCCACAGGUGACGACUCUCAAAUCAGAUCCUCGUCAAUGUUGCAAAGACUCCUGACGCUUCCUUCCCAGAUUCUUGAGGAUGACGAUGAGUCCAUGGAUGCCGUUCCCAGUAUGGAAGGGUCUACAGAUCCGGCCGAGUUGCAACUCUGUAAGGGCUCAAAGAGUGACCAGAUGAAUAAGAAAAAGGAAGAAGAGGAGGAUGACGACGAGGAGGAUGAUGAAGAUGGUGACGAGACGAGGGACAGGACCGAGUCCUUGAAACCCAAAGGUAGGAGAAAAUCCCAUGCUUGCAAAGAGUGCGGCAGGAAGUUCAGCCGAGCGCAUCUUCUCCGAGCCCACCGACAAACACACGAGGAGAUGCCCAACCGAUGCCCACAAUGUGGAAAGAGUUUCUCCCAGUCUUCAAGGCUCCAGUCUCACUUACGGACGCACACGGACAAAACGAUAUGAGAGUGCGAAGAUGAAAGAAAUUUAGGAGAAUAGGAAGGGAAGUUUUCCCAGUGAUUUUUGCUUCUGGAAGUGAGUCAUACUUUAAAAUUAAUUUCAAGUACUGAUAAAGGAAAUGCAAGGAAUCUGUAGCCUUUUUUGCUAGUUUGAAGGUACACUGAGGUAAUAAGACGUCCGACAGAAUUUAAGAUGUUUUUACCUCCAUUUAAUUUCUCUAUCUGUAGGGAUUAUUGGAAGAAGCAAAUACCAGUAAUAAUAACAAGCUGUGUAAAUAUCAAAGUAGGGCUGCAUAGACCAUCACAAUAAGGAUAGAAGCAUUUCCUUUUUCCAUUGGGUGUUUUUUCAUAAUUCCAGUUUUUAAAGAUUCUAAAAAUUUGUAAAUAUUUUAAACCUGUUACAUGAAGAUGUUGUGGAAAAGGAAUUCGCUAGUUAAUAGGCCCAUGCUUUUUACAACAUUCUGAAUGUGAUCAAACGAACCAGAGAUAGCAUAACAUGUCUCUUGCGAUCGAAUCAACCAGUUUUUCAUAUGUCCUUAAUGACUUAGAACUCAACAUGAAAUACCUCUUAUGUUAAGAUGUCAUACUGGAUUUCUACAUAAUUAAAGUCUCGACUUGCAUGUCAGAUUCUAGAUGUUUUCUUCAACUUUUUGCCAUGGGAUCGAGCCUAGGAUUGACUUGAACUUGUACAAUUGUCGUCGAUUGCAUGACGUGCACAACCAAGGAUAUCUUCAAGAGGCAAGGAGUCUGAGGACGAGAUGGCAAGAAAAUUGCAUUGAAAUGGUUAUUGGAAAAAAACUUGAAGCUCCCAACUCUUCAUAUUCUCAUUUCAUUGACUUUAAAAGAGGAUCCGAUUUUCCUAGUAUCCUCAACUAGAGUAGCGUCUUCCUUUUGUGUGAAGUGUUCACAUGGCUCAACAUCUAGAACUUGGAGAAAUGGUCAGUUGCCGGUUUGUGAGAUUUGGUUUCCCCAACAUCGGUGGCAUGUAUCUGAAUACAUAGGCUUUUUUUUUUUAGGGAAGCCGUUAUCUACCAUUUCCAGAGAGUCAGAUGGAUCCUGCACUUACAAUUUUCGCCCUCUAUCGAAGGGAUGUUGGUCCCACAUGUUACGCACAUUCCCACUCUUGACCCUGAAUUUUUACAAUAUCUCUGUCAGUAAUAACCAUGUUGGGGAAAAAAGUACAAGGUGUUACUGUUACUUCUCGGGUCAAUACCUCAUCAAUGGGACCAUAUCUUUCGGGACAUCUGCAAUAUCAGGAGUUAAGGUCCUACUCAAAAAAAGAAGAAAAGAAAAAAAACGUUUACAAAUGGAACGGGACUGGCCAGUUAGCCAGCUUAUUAUUUGAUUAUUAUUUUAUUUUGCUUAUUUUAUUUUAUUCUACUUAAUAUGUCCCAAGGAAGGAAGAUACCAAGAACUUGCAACCCAAAGAUUACACUGAAAGGGAAAGUCGCGAUUAGGCAGAAGCUGCGAUUGUUAUGCAUAUCUUUCAGUGAAGCACAGUUCUGUGAUCAGUAGUAAAUCUCCAUCCGAAGGCUAGAGGGCGAUCUCACACUGAAACUCUGAUACCUAGGAAAUCCCUAUAGUGUUUGCUAGGGGUGUCCAUGGUUAACCGAUUAACCGAUUAACUGUUAAAAAUUGCAUAACCAAGUUAAACAUUUUGCUCGGUUAAGUGACGUCAAUGACGCCAGAUCGCUCCCAGACAUUUGUAAUGUCCACAAGAAGAAGUCAUUU